CACGCUUGCAUGCAUGUGAAGCUUCAAGCUACGUAUCCACGAAAAUGUACUUAGAAAAUGUAAUUAGAGCUUCGUAAAUGUAGAAAAUGAGCAUCCAUAGGCUACAAUGCGUGUGUAUUUAGUAGACUCUUACAACCGAACACAGCGUAGGCUAAGUGUUUAAAGAUAGCUAACUUACAUCGAAAGAUCUUGAUUCGACAUGAAAUUCCCACACCAAUAGAAGUAAGAUUGAAACAUAUUUGCAAAUAAAUGUAUUUUACUAGAAAAUACAAUAUAACUCGAUUAGGAGACAUCGUACAUUUUCUCUGGGUUCGAUGCUUUAUGCCUGCUCGGAAAUCUGAAAGCCUAACGUUGAUGGUCUGUCACAUUUCACACUGACACCGACCGAACGGAGGAUCAUACACCACUCAAAAUAUCACCAGCGCGUUGGAGCCUGGAAUAUCGUGUAUUUGACUGAAUUCUGGUGCCUUUUGGAGGAAGCAAAAACGAAGGAAAGGAAACCCCCCAAAGGAAAUGCCAAUCGCCACCACUGGUCAGCCGACAACUCAAGAGCCCCGCGUUUGUUCCCAACUCCCCGCAACCCCUGAGCCCAUUCCGAAACGGUCACAUUUAUGUGACGACACGGGGGGACAUUCACAAGACCUAUCGCACGGGGGACCGGAGGUGGUUAGAGGCGCUCGAAACCAUAGCCAGACCGCCGGCAGGCUCCCUCUAGCUCUCGGAUCCUCCUCUCCGUCGCAAUCCCCUCCCACGUCCUCCCACCUCUCCAGUUCGCUCCACCACCAACCCCCUCCCAUGGCAACGGAACCACCAAGGACUCGAUCGCGUUCGCGGUCUGGAUUUUACCAAUGUGGUGUGAGUGGAGGACCUAAUGGUAACAACAAUAGCAGCAGCAGCAUCAUCAACAACGGUAGUAACAUUCAUAAUAGUGGCGGAGCGAUCGGCGUGAGCCAUACACAGCAGCACAACUCCGGAUGUGUACCGUUCGGUGCUCACGGUCACACGGAAAAUCUACGCCCCCCUGGAGGGAUCCUGUCUCCUGGUGCACACAGACACUCAGGCCCCAGCGCUCACAGAAGCCUUGGCGCAGGAGCCAUCGGGGGAGCUUACCACUGCCACCCAGACCAUGCCUGUGCGGAGGGCGCUGAUAAGGUGGAGGACAGUCCGAGUCCCAAGCGUCAGCGUCUGUCGCAGCACUCGGUGCUGGAGCUGACUUCAGUGCCGCCCCAGACGCCCUCUCCCCCCAUGAGGCCGUGGGAGCUCCCGCCCACCCGCAGGACACACCCCUACACGCACACACACUACCAGCCCGAGCGCUGCCACACGCCCGCGCGCCACCGCCGCAGCCCACCUGUGCGUCGUCAGCGCAGCCGGCGUGAGCGGUUGUCACGGCACCACCCGCCGCACCAUGGUUCCCCUGGAGGCGGCCAGGAUGAGAACUACCGGCACCCGGCGCACGCCCCCCUGCCCCACCAGAGUUACCCCUACAGCCAGCACCCCCCACCCCCGGGCCUGGAGGAGCCCCGCGCCUUCCACCCCCCCACGCUCUCGCCACGCCUGCUGCACCCCCAGCAGCAGGGAGCCAUGGUCAUGGACCUGCACGAACAGCUCCCUCAGGGCACAGUGCCGGUCUCGUACACGGUGUCUCCGAUGCCCCCUCACGCGCUGCCCCCUCCCCUCUGCAGCGGACAGCACAUCCCGGGCUGCUCCUCACAGCAGCAGGUGCCCGCCUGUUCCGUCGUCUUCAGUGGUCAACAUUACCCUGUCUGCAGCGUGCCACCUCCGAUGCUGCAGGCGUGUUCGGUUCAGCAUUUGCCGGUUCCGUAUGCCUUUCCCUCCCUGCUGUCCAGUGAUCCGCCUUUCCUGUUGCACCCCCCACACCUCUCCCAUCACCCCCCUCACCUCCCCCGCCACCGCAGACAGUUUGUGCCCUUCCAGACACAGCAGCCUCGCUCACCCCUGCAGAGGAUUGAAAACGAGGUGGAGUUGCUGGGGGAGCACCUGUCUGUAGGCGGGGGCUUUAACUACCCCCCCUCAGGCCACCCCAGCCCCCUGCCCCCGCAGACACCCCUGCAGUUCCUCUCCCACGACCCACUGCCACAGGAGCUCUUUGGAGUGCCGUACCCUCCCUUCAUGCCUCGGCGAAUUACAGGCCGUCGCUACCGCUCCCAACAGGCAGCAGCCCCUCCUCCAAUACACCCCAGCUUCCUGCCUUACUUCCUGUCCAUGUUCCCAGUUCAGCCCACCGUAGGUCCAGCCAUCAGUCUGGAGCUUGAUGUGGAUGAUGGAGAAGUGGAGAAUUAUGAGGCCCUGUUGAAUCUGGCGGAGCGUCUUGGAGAGGCCAAGCCACGGGGCCUGACGAAAGCAGAUAUAGAACAGCUGCCAUCCUAUAGAUUCAACCCCCACAACCAUCAGUCAGAGCAGACGCUGUGUGUGGUGUGUAUGUGUGACUUUGAGUCUCGUCAGCUCCUAAGAGUUCUGCCCUGCAACCAUGAAUUCCAUGCCAAGUGUGUCGACAAAUGGCUCAAGGCCAACAGAACUUGUCCUAUAUGCCGAGCGGACGCCUCUGAAGUGCAGCGUGAUUCAGAGUGACCUCUGACCUAACCUGAGUCACCCUGCCCCAAAAACAAACACACACACACACACACACACACACACACAUACUCUGAGCUGUACCCACCGCUGUACCCACUAACCCUAGACACAACGUGUGUAUAUACAGUUCAUUCAUCUCAUGAAUUACAUCCAAUCUCUCUUUCUUUAUUUCUCUCUCUCUCUCUCUCUCUCUCUCUCUCUCUCUCUCUCUCUCUCUCUCUCUCUCUCUCCUCUCCUCUCUCUCUCUCUCUCUCUCUCUCUCUCUCUCUCUCUCUCUCUCUCUCUCUCUCCCUCACCCAUCUGUGAGCACUUUUCUUCGUCUGUCUUUCUGCAUUACAUAUACAUACUUGUCUGGGUUUGUUUUAGUCACUAACUCUUGAGAGUGGAAGUCCAAAGAUAGUCCUCUUUAUUUUAUUAAUAUUUAAUGGUUGUAAUUAUGCCUCCUGAUUAUGUUCUGUUCCUAGAAUAGUUUGUUCUGAUGUCAAAUGCAUUAUUAUUAUUUUUUUUUAUUUUUCUCUCCUUUUUUAUUGCGGUUGGUCGAUUUGUGGUCUCUAGUGCUUGUGUGGGUGUGAGUGACACAGUGUGGGUGAGUUUGGUGCGUGUUUGUGCACUAACAUUCCUGGGUAUCCGAGCGCACUUGUUAAUGUGGCUGUAGGCUCCGCGUGCAUGUGCAUUUUUAUAUAUUAAUGUAUCUAUCAAUAUAGAGGGAAAAAUAACCACAAACUUUCAUAUGAAUUUAAAAAAAAAGUAAUGGUGUGUGUUUUUUUUUUCUUCCAAAACUGAGAAAUGACAGAUUUUAUGAUAUAUUAAGAUGAAUUUGGAAGGGUGGGGAAUGGUUGAGAGGCUAUAUGAUCUACCAGUCUUAGGGAGUUGGAAUACUGUGAGGUGGGCAUGUGUGAGGAUGGUGUGUGUGUGUGUGUGUGUGUGUGUGUGUGUGUGAGAGAGCGAGAGAGCAGGAGUUGAGUGAAUGUGUGUUAUUUAUGCAGUAUGCGUGGUACAGUACACUGGCUUAACCUGUUUCAAUUCGGUUUGCUCCGCUCUGAUUGGCUGAGGUGCACACUGACACAGCGUGUGAUUGGUGGGGAGGCAUGAGGUAUUAGCAGAAUUUUUUUUGUCAGGAAGUGGUCCUUCAUACUUCAAUCACUCAGUCCUUGAAAGCACAUUCAUUUUCUUCUCUUACUCUCUUGGAUCUGAUAACUGUAGUCAUUAUGAGCAAGAUUCUAGAGAAGUAACAACACACACACACACACAAACAAACAAACAAACACUUUGUCAAGGUCUGUACAGAGUCACUGCCAGAUCCACAAGGGGAAGUCCUUAAUGUGUUAGUUAGGUAGACAGGGGUUGGGUGUUUUGUUCUGUGUGCACAGGGCGAAAUCAAACACUGUAGCAUCAUGAAUAUAAAGGGAACUCGACACUUGCACACAAUACUGAUUAAUUAACAGGUACAACAGCAAACGUAUAUUAGUAUUAAUGUAUUUUUCUGCGUCCCAUUUCUCCCUCCAAUAUCCCCCACUGAGCGCGUGCAGUACCACACCCUUUGACACGUCACCUGUCUGUCAUGAAGCCAGCUCAGAGCCGUUACAGCAAUAUGCUAGAUUUCAGCACGAGGACAUUUGACCUUAAAUACAUUAGACACUGUUUAGUACUGUGUGUGUGUGUGGGGGGGGGGG